ACGAAUGACAGAUCGAUGGACAAACCAGCUUCGCAUUCGCUCCGUUUGGGUGGGACUACGCCUCUGUCGCUGCACCGCAGGCUUCCGCGCGCACAGACGUUGACCCCGGAGUGUGGUCAGAUGUGGAGGAGCAGAUAUAUCAGCCCUUUUUCAGAAAUGGAGACAUUCCUAAAGAUUGGCAGCAUGUAUCAAAUAGUGCCGGUGGCUCCUGGGGAGCAGCAGAUGGCUGGGGGACCCGGAGGCUCCCCACUUAAGAAGAAACUUUCUCAUGAAGGUCGGCCACUGGUGAUGGCAAGUAUGUUGGGCUGUGUGCUGGUGCUAGCUGCUGUGGUCGCCUGGUGCUAUUACUCAGUGUCGCUUCGUAAAACCCAGUUGUUCAAGAUAGCGUUGUUAGACCUGAACAAGGAUGGUUUUAUUAUUCACAACCAAGCUGGGGCUGUUGUCUUCACUAUGGCAUUCAGGUCUGGUACUCUGGAUGUGGACUCUUGCUCAAAGGAGGGAGAUAUUCUGAGCUGCACUCAGUCGGAUUCUGGCAAGCUCAACUUUUUUAUCCAAACAGUUCGUCCAAAGGACACGGUGAUCUGUUAUCGGGUUCGCUGGGAGGAGCUGCAGAAUAAGCACUUGGUAGAGCAUGUCAUGGCCUAUAAUGACUCUCAUUGGUAUGGAGGGGCAGAGACGGCAACACAGUACUGGCCUAUCAGAUUUCAGGGAGAAGAGGAACCACAACCUUUCAUCGCAAGUGACGUCUACUCCAAUCGAAAUGCUUUUGGAGGAAUUCUAGAGCGGUACUGGCUGUCAUCAAAUGCAACUGCCAUUAAGAUUAACGACUCAGUACCGUUUCAUUUGGGCUGGUCAGAGAAGAACAGGACACUGAGGUUCCAGGCCCGGUACCAGGACUCUCCCUUCAGACCACUAGAAAGACAGCAGACCUUUCCUGAACUCAGUUAUAGAGUCUGUGUGGGGUCAGAUGUCACCUCUAUUCACAAGUACAUGGUGCGCCGGUAUUUCACAAAGCCUAUAAAAGUCCCAUCUGCUGAUUUGUUCAAAAAACCAGUGUGGUCCACAUGGGCUAUCUACAAGACCGCUGUAACUCAGGAGAAGCUGCUGCGCUAUGCCGCUGACAUUACUAGGCAUGGCUUCAACUGCUCCCAUCUGGAGCUGGAUGACCGCUACACAGCAGAUUACGGAGAGUUUGACUUUGACCCGCAGAAGUUCCCCAAUGCAAGCGGCAUGUUUGACAAACUAAGAGAGGGCGGCUUUCAAGUUACACUCUGGACGCACCCUUUUAUCAACUAUGACUCCAUAAAUUUUGGUGCAGCUGUGGAGAAAGAGCUAUUUGUCCGUGAGCCAGGCGGUGAACUGCCCGCUCUGGUUCGCUGGUGGAACGGGAUUGGAGGAAUCUUGGACUUCACAAACCCAGACGCUCGUGAAUGGUAUUCCUCAAACUUGCACAUGCUCAAAAGUCGCUAUGGGGUGACCUCCUUCAAGUUUGAUGCAGGAGAAACGAGCUACCUGCCCCGUCAGUUUAGUACCCUGGGCCCACUGUCAAACCCUUCCACCUUCACCCGCCGCUACACAGAGAUGGCUAUACCAUUUAUGGAGCAUGCUGAGCUAAGGGUUGGUUACCAGAGUCAGAACAUCUCCUGCUUCUUCAGGAUCAUUGACAGGGACUCGGUGUGGGGUUACGAGCUCGGCCUCAAGUCCAUCAUCCCUACUGUUCUGACUAUAGGCAUUUUGGGUUACCAGUUUGUCUUACCUGAUAUGAUAGGAGGAAAUGCCUACCCGAACCAUACUGCAGGUGGGUUAAAUGGUCUGCCAGACAGAGAACUGUACAUCAGAUGGUUGGAGCUAUCUGCCUUUAUGCCCGCCAUGCAGUUCUCCAUACCUCCAUGGGCUUAUGACAAUGAGGUGGUAAAGAUAGCACAGAAGUUCACAGGGCUCCAUGAAACUCUGGUGGCACCAAAAGUUCUUGAAUUGGCACAUGUGGUUCUUGAUACAGGAGACCCAAUCAUAAGGCCCCUCUGGUGGAUUGCCAAUGAUGAUGAGGCUGCCUAUAAGAUCGACUCCCAGUUCCUGAUUGGGGAUGACCUCAUGGUGGCGCCAGUGUUGGAGCCAGGAAAGCAAGAGAGGGAUAUCUACUUGCCUGCAGGACGAUGGAAAAGCUACAAGGGGGAACAUUAUGAUAAAGGUCCCAUGUACCUCACUGAUUACCCUGUGGACCUGGAUGAGAUCGCUUUCUUUACAAGGGUUCUUUGAAGGCAUUAAAGAAUUGAAAACCGGACUGACACACACACGCACGCGUCCGCACACAUUAGUUUGAGCACACAUGCCAAGUAAAAGCCGGGAGGCACCACCAGAAGCUUGAGUUGAGAGUAGAGUGACAUUUUAAUGAAGAUUAACCUCAUGUCUCUUCCAUCCUGCUCUUUGUCAGGACUUCUGCCUGCAGAUUAAAACCCUCCGCCCAAAGAAUUAGAAUUACCUUCUAAUUCUCAUUUUGCAUCCUUAAGCUAAUACUCAUCCUUGUGUGCCUUUCACAGCCAAUAGAAGAUCCGAUCUGUGAUUGUAUCAUCACCAUUCUUAGCCUUAGUGGCCAUCUAAUACUGCGGUUUUUUUUUUUCUCAAAGCCCAAAGCUCUACAGCAGGCAUGGCGGUGGUUUUGGGUUAAUAUUAUUUCCAUUAGCUUAUUAAUAGAAGUAACUGUACCAUUUAGGGGGUCUUUUUGGGGGUGACUGGGUUAGGCAAUAAAAAAUGCACUAUAGCCAUACUUAAGUCUGUGUUUUUAACUUUUUAAGCUAACAUGCAUUAAUUUGCAUUGCACUGACAUCUACAUUUUACAGUCUUUUGAUUAAUUGCUCUUUAUAUUUAUUAAUUUUUAUUUGUGGAUACUGUUGGAUGUUUUUAAAUAUGCAUGAUUCUGGGGAUGAAUAAAGGGGUUAACAAUAA